UCCAUACAUUGACGUGCUGCUAUGAAUGCCAUUGUUUUCUUUAUACUGGUGUUCGCCACCCUCGUAAAUUCUGCGAUUUUCUCACUUCUCACAGAUGGCGAGCUCAAUUCUACAGAAAUAGACGCUAGUAAGAUGGAAACUCAAAAUGUUGAUGUUUUCAGACAACUUUUGAACCAAGAAACUAUUAUCAGAAUGACCUUGGUUAAAAAUGUCCAUGCCCUGAUGAAAGACAUGUUGACUCUCAAGGAAGACCUCGCUGAAGCUGAAAGCAAGAUUUCCGCAAUGCACGCAUCCUUUGGAAACGAAAUAUCAGAACUGAAAAAGGAUUUGGAGUUGUUGAAACUUGAGAACAAUAUAUUAAAGAACGAAAGCAGUGAAAGCAAGAAAUAUCUUAAAACAGUAGGCGAAAAUAUCACUAAGAUUUCGAAAAAUCAAGAAAAAUAUAAAAGAACUGCAGAGGCUAAACUGCAAAUGUAUGAGAGAAAUAUUUCAGAUGUUUUGGCAGACAUUAAGAUCGAGGUUCGUUAUUUGUCGAUCACGUUGCUGGAUUUAAAAGCACAUACAGAAACCGCCGAGAACAACAUUUCUGUUUCCAUUGCUGAAAAGAUUGGGGCGAUUUACAAGUCCAUGAAUAAUUCACUUGACAGUUUCAAUGAAAAGUUAAUGGCCACAGAAAGCAAAUUUUCAGUUGCUGUUUCCGAACUUAAGAAGUCACAAGUUGAUGUCAAAGCAAAAUUUUCUGAUGAAAUGAACACCACGAUCAACAGUCUGAAAGACGAACGAAAGCAGUCUCAAUUGGAACAACUGAAGUUAUCUUCUACUGUGAAAUCUCUUGAGAUGUUCCGAAUGAAUAUGACGAAUAAAAAUUGCGACCUCUCGAAGAAAGUGGGUUUCACCGCCGUGGUAACGUCCUCCAACACAGGCUGGAACAGUGGAACACUGGUAUUUCCCGCCGUGAUAACAAACAUUGGUGUCGGGUAUAAUUCAAGUACAGGUGUCUUCACAGCACCCUUCGAUGGAAACUACGUCUUUUUUCUUACAGUUCUGGAAUACAGUAACCAGUAUAGUGCGGUAGACAUUGUUUUAAAUGGGAUUUCAAAAGUUCGAAGUAUUGGAGACUCAAACGCAAAGUAUCAAACGGGAGUAAACUUGGUCGUUCUGCGCCUUCAGAGAGGUGACAGGGUGUGGGCCAGAUAUUUCAAUGGUAGAGGUUACUACUCUGCGACCAUCCCCACAACAACCUUCUCUGGUUUCAUCCUUUGAAUUAUUUUUUUGCAAGAAUAAGUAUAAGCUGGAAGGUUUUAAAAUUGAAAUAAAACACUAUGAAUUCUAGCAUAAUCUUCGACAGAAUUCAUAAAACUAAUGAACAUUUUGUCGCCAAGUUUUUUGUUUGUUUGGUUGGUAAUUGUUUAAGGUCCGCCUCGAAAAUUUUCACUGAUAUGGAGACGCCACCACUUGUCGGUGGAGAGCUGCAAAUUUUGAUCUACAUGUAUACUCGGCACUUAGGGCCAU